AUGCCGCUGACCUGGAGUGGACACGCUAUGAUGAGCUGGGACGCUACUUGCCAUGUCAAUGCCAUCUUGGGCAAGACCGACAAGACAAAGGCAUGUCUGAUGAGCAGUAGGACCCUGGAAAGCACUGAGGAUCGGAGGGACCUUCGUGUCACUUUCACUGGUCCUUUAAGUGUACUGCAACAACUCGCCACGAUUAUUUUGCCAACAACUCCCAAAACCUCUGUGAGAAGAACAGGAGCAACAAUCACCUCCAAGAGCAAGAGCAGGAGCAAUGAUGAUCUGUUGGCUGGAGCACCGAGUGGACUGACUUUGACCACCUCUACCAAAGUUAAGAAGAACCUCUGCCCAUCCUCAUCAAUAGGGUCAAAUUCUGCAGCAUCAGGAUCAACCACGAGCAGCAAUCCUGAUGGCAAAGCAAAGAAUCCUGCAGGUAUGAGUGCCACAGCCAAACGGAAUGCAACUUCAGGAAAUAAAGAAAUCAAUUGGAACAGAGAUAAAAUCCGUGAUCGGCCACGACAGAGCAUAAGCAAAAAAUUCUCAUCUGCCGGCCAGGGAGGUAAUGAUGUUGCUAAACGCUCACGCAGCCGGAUGUCAACAGAGUCUGAAACCCGAAUGAGUAAGUCCAGAUCUGAUGGCCAGAUCAGUGAUAAAACUGCUCUAGAAGCAAAGGUUAAAGAUCUUCUCACUUUAGCUAAAAAUAAGGAUGUGGAGAUCCUGCAUCUUAGAAACGAACUCCGAGACAUGCGUGCCCAGCUGGGACUGAGCAAUGAAUUGUUGGAAGAAGCGGGAAAGGAGGAGAUUGAAGUAAAAGAAGAUACUGUACCCCUUCAGCCUAGAGAUGUGGAAUCAAGUCUCCUCCAGUUGGAAGAACAGAAUAGUACAAUCCGGGAUGAGCUAAAUCAGCUAAAAAAUGAGAACCGAAUGUUAAAAGAUCGAUUAAAUGCUCUUGGCUUCUCUUUGGAGCAAAAAUUAGACUGUGCAGAGAAAUUGUUUGGCUUACAGUCCUCAAGUCCUGAUGUAGCUACUGGUAAUCAGAGUGAUGGUGGUACCUUAACUUCUUCAGUAGAGGGAUCAGCACCUGGUUCUAUGGAAGAUCUGUUGAGCCAAGAGGAGAACACAUUAACUGAUAACCGCAGCAAUUCUCUGGACAACCUGGACAGUGAGUCCAGUGAGGUCUACCAACCACUUACUUCCAGUGAUGAUGCAUUAGAUGCACCAUCAUCGUCAUCUGAAUCUGAGGGUGCACCAAGUAGGGAGCGCUCAAGGAAAGGAAGCAGUGGAAAUGUAAGUGAGGUGUCGGUGGCCUGUUUAACAGAGCGCAUUCACCAGAUGGAAGAAAAUCAACACAGCACAGCAGAGGAGCUCCAAGCUACACUUCAGGAACUGGCAGAUCUUCAGCAGAUAACACAAGAGUUGAAUUCUGAAAAUGAGAGGUUAGGAGAGGAAAAGGUCAUUCUAAUGGAUUCCUUGUGUCAACAAAGUGAUAAAUUAGAACACUUCAGUCGACAGAGUGAGUAUUUUCGUUCUUUGCUAGAUGAGCACCACAUUUCUUACGUUUUAGAUGAAGAUGUAAAAAGUGGUCGCUACAUGGAGUUAGAACAAAGAUAUAUGGACCUUGCUGAAAAUGCGCGUUUUGAACGUGAGCAACUUCUUGGAGUGCAGCAGCAUUUAAGCAACACCCUGAAAAUGGCUGAGCAAGACAAUAAGGAUGCUCAAGAAUUGAUUGGAGCUCUCAAAGAGCGUAACCAUCAAAUGGAGCGAGUAAUGGAGUCAGAGCAAAAAGCCAAAACAGCCCUUGCUGGAGCGUUGGAAGAAUAUAAAGCAACUGUUGCAAAUGAUCAGAUUGAACUGAACAGAUUCAAGGCUCUGUUAGAGCAUGAGAAACAGAAGGUUGCAGAUUUGUAUGCUUUCCACAAUGCAGGCGACAAGUCAGAUUUACAAGAACUCUUGGAGACCACACGAUUGGACAAAGAGAAAAUUGAGGCCUUAUAUAAUAACCUGCAGGAAGAACUGGCCCAUACUCGCAAUGAUGCAAACCAACUACAAGAUACUCUCGCUAAGGUUGAGGAUGAAUACAGAAUUUUCCAGGAAGAAGCCAAAAAACAGAUAGAUGACCUUAAUCUGAAUGUGGAGAAACAACGAGCUGAACUGGAAGAGAAGGAAACAGAGAUAAAUGACAUGAAAGAGACCAUUUUUGAACUAGAGGAUGAAGUGGAGCAGCAUCGAACAGUCAAACUCCAUGACAAUCUCAUCAUCUCAGACUUGGAGAAUUCAGUGAAAAAACUUCAAGACCAGAAACACGAUAUGGACAGGGAGACCAAGAUCCUAAACAGGAGACUCAGGGAGGAGUCGGCUGAGUGGCGACAGUUUCAGGCAGACCUCCAGACUGCAGUUGUCAUCGCAAAUGAUAUUAAGUCUGAAGCACAAGAGGAAAUCAGCGACCUGAGACGCAGACUUCAGGAAUCAAUGGAAAAAACUGAAAAGCUCACCAAAGAACUAGAGGAAGUGAAGGCACGCAAGUACGUGGGAUGUUGUGAUGUGACUUGGCAGGAUGAAGAGCGGGGGCGUAUGUACAAUUACAUGAAUGCUGUAGAGCGUGAUCUAGCAGCUUUAAGACAAGGAAUGGGUCUGAGUCGCAGAUCAUCUACCUCCUCUGAACCAUCGCCAACUGUCAAAACUCUAAUUAAAUCCUUCGACAGUGCUUCCCAAGUUGUGCCUAAUACUACCACGGCUACCAUUCCACGAAGCCCCCUCAGCCCAAGCCCUCUGAAAACACCACCAGCAGCUGCCGUGUCACCAAUGCAGAGACAUUCCAUUAGUGGGCCGAUAUCAGCACCAAAGACUCUGUCAGCGCUAACAGACAAGAGGCCAAGCUACACUGAAAUUUCUGUUCCAGCAGAUCACUUACUGAGAUCUUCCUCUGCAAACCGAUCUCCAGCGUCUUUACAACGAGUUCAGACCAUUGACUCUGCAAAGUCCAUGUCAGUGUCCCGAAGAAGCAGUGAGGAGAUAAAGCGUGAUCUGACAGUCACAGAUGGCUCCUCUCCAGCAUUAAUGGGAAUGGGAACCACAUCUCCACAGCUGUCUUUGACUUCUUCAUCCCCUACUGCCUCAGUCACUCCAACUGCGCGGAGCCGGCUCAGGGAAGAGCGGAAAGAUCCAUUGUCAGCACUGGCUCGUGAGUACGGUGGCUCCAAGAGGAAUGCGCUGCUGAAAUGGUGUCAGAAGAAAACAGAAGGUUAUCAGAAUAUUGAUAUCACAAACUUCAGCAGUAGUUGGAACGAUGGUCUUGCAUUCUGUGCUGUGCUUCACACAUAUCUUCCAGCACACAUCCCGUACCAGGAGCUGAACAGUCAGGAUAAGGUAAAACCACAGUCUGUUGAUUGCUUCGAGUGA